AUGACGAAAAUCACAAUCCUAGGCGCCGGUGUCACUGGCAUGACGAUUGCUAGUCAGUUGCCUAAAGACUGCGAGAUCACGAUCGUGGGUCAGCACCUCCCUGGAGAUGCUCCGAGCAAGGACUGGGCAAGUCCCUGGGCAGCGGCAGUCUGGCUCGGUACCCAUGAUACAAACGAAUAUGAGCAAAAGCUGCAGUUGGACGGGUUAGCUGGCCUUCGUCAGCUGGCAGAGCGACAUCCGGAAUCCAGCGUUCGGAAGAUUCGAAUGCGGGAAAUCAUGGACACGGGGUCUCCUGACCAGGUUUGGUAUCAAGGCAAAGUGCCAGGCUUCCGGUGGUUGUCUAAAGGCGAAAUGCCUGAGGCGUCAAAAUAUGGCAUGACGUAUGAGACCGUCGUCAUCACACCGCCCGUCUUUCUGCCGUGGAUGCGGGAUAGGCUCGAGCAACGGGGCGUGCAGUUUAAGCGAGUCUGCGUUGGAUCACUGAAGGAGCUGGAAGGGUUGGGUCACGACAUACUCAUCAAUGCUGCCGGUCUGGGUGUCAGAACACUUGCUGAUGUCAAAGAUUCGAAGGUCCAGCCCGUUCGUCUCCAAUCCGCCAUCUUCAAGCACCCGACAUACCGCGAGGGCUAUGUCCGACGAGGAGAUAACUAUUACACCACGGCGUUCUCCCAUUUGGAUGGUGAAGUGUAUGUCGGAGGCGUCAUCGAGCCAGGGUCUGACGAUGUCAAUGCUUAUGAUGAUAAGAGGCAAAUGAUCCUUGACCGCGCACAUGAGAACCAACCUGACGUGUUCCCUUCGACCGAUCUGAAGAAGGCCGGCUUCGUACGAGAUCAUGCUAGCUGGUAUCCUGCAAGAUUUCGCAAGGACGGUGGAGUGAGAGUCGAAGCCGAAACAGUUGGGGGGCAGAAAGUGAUUCACGCGUACGGCCAGCAUGCAGGUGGAUAUACCUUCAGCUAUGGAAUCGCAUGGGAAGUAGCGAGGAUUGUGCAAAGCACUAUUGCUGAUACUAGGAGCUUACAGGCCAGACUAUGA